UUUAUCCGAACUAUUUAUAAAAGGUUAUGUUUACUGCAUAAUUUUGUCGAGUCAGAAUUCAGUUCGUGAUUUAGGACAAAAGUUACUGAUUCAUCAGAAAUUUUCAAGAAAACGCAAUAAAAUGUUGGUAACGCUUAAAACAUUACAACAACAAACGUUUCAAAUCGAAAUAGAUCCUGAGGAAUCUGUCAAAGCACUUAAGCUUAAAAUUGAAGUUGAAAAAGGUAAAGAUUAUGCCGCUGGAAAUCAGAGACUUAUUUACGCGGGUAAGAUUUUACUGGAUGACAAUAAACUAAGCACAUACAAUAUUGAUGAAAAAAAUAUUGUUAUAAUGGUGACCAAACCCAAAGUGUCGGAAACUCAAGCAACUCCGGCACCUACUCCUGAAGCGGGUGAAAGUGCUUCCACUGAAAGCGGCGAUGGUAAAAGUAAAGCGACUACUGCAGAACCUCCUAAACCAGAACCCGCCCCAGCACCUGAGCCUGAACGUACCGCUGAACCACCAGCAGCCGCCAGUGACCUUGACUUCGAGUCUACGGUGCAAAGUAUCAUGGACAUGGGAUAUAAUAGACAACAAGUGGAACAAGCACUACGUGCGUCAUUUAACAAUCGCGAGAGAGCUGUAGAAUAUUUAAUAACUGGUAUACCUGAAGACUUAUUACAAGAACAGGAUGCGGAGGAAAGUUCCGAAGAAGAUCCCUUGGGCUUUUUACGUGAUCAACCACAAUUCCAGCAAAUGCGUGCAGUGAUUCAGCAGAAUCCCAACUUAUUGAAUGCAGUGCUACAGCAAAUUGGCCAAACUAAUCCUGCUCUUUUGCAUGUAAUCAGCCAACACCAACAAGCAUUUGUUAGAAUGUUAAAUGAGCCAGUUAAUGCUCCUGCUAGUGGGGCUGCAGCCACCGCCGCAGCUGCUGCAGAUGAUGGUGCUGCUGAUGUGCAAUCACCUCAGCCACAAAAUGUCAUCCAAGUGUCUCCUCAAGAUAAAGAAGCCAUUGAAAGAUUAAAGGCUCUAGGUUUCCCUGAGCAUAUGGUUAUACAGGCAUAUUUUGCAUGUGAAAAAAAUGAAAAUCUUGCAGCAAAUUUUUUACUAUCGCAAAAUUUUGAUGAUUAAAGGUUGAUCCAAAAUAGUAAACUUAUAAAAGUGAAGAGACAAAACUAUAAAAAUAACAAAAGUGUAAUUAAUAUGUUGUUCUUAAGUCAAUAGCCUAAUAGUUUAUUGCUUAUAUUUCAUGUGUAUUUUUUACACAGAAUUUCAAAACUUUUUGUCCUGAUCCAAUAUCUAAUAAAUUUCUUAUUGUUUAUGAUUUCAUUUUAAUAAAUUCCUGUUGGG